AUGCGCCGCAGUAUAUUUUGGCUCGCUGCGAUCGCUGUCUCUAUAAGUACAAUCAACACCGCUAAAGCCAGCCGUAGAGAAGAUAACUCGCCCGAAGCAGCUCACGUGUCAUUGCGCAUUAUCGGUGGUCAUCCCGUGUCGAUCGCAAACUAUUCCUAUCUGGUGUCGAUGCGAAUAUGGGGCUUACAUUUUUGUGGCGGCAGCAUAAUAAGUAAACGGGUUGUAUUGACCGCCGCUCAUUGUUUCAAAUAUGAGAAGAAUGCACGGAAGUACAGCAUUCAGUAUGGCGUCACACAAAUUGGUGGCACAAAAAAUAUCAUUCACGCCUCAAGGUUGCGAAAGCACCCCAAAUUCAAACAUACCGAUUCGGACUACGAUGUCGGUUUGAUAUUCCUCGUCCAUGCCAUACCGCUUGGUGUUCACGCGCACUCCAUUGCGCUCGCUACCCGUCUACCAAAAACUGGUAGCCCAGCCAGCAUCGCGGGCUGGGGCACAAUCGAGGAAGAUGGCAAUGAGCUACAGCAUUUGCAAGCUGUCAUCGUGCAUACACUCGCUCGUGCGGAAUGUUCCACAAAUUACAAGGACUAUAUUAAAAUAACCCCACGAAUGCUGUGCGCUGGCGAGCCUAUUGACGGCAGAGAUACCUGCGCAGGUGACUCUGGUGGCCCGCUGGUGGUGGAUGGUGUGCAAGCGGGUAUAGUUUCGUUUGGCACAGGCUGUGGACAUAAGGAGUAUCCGGGUGUUUAUACUAAUGUAGCCGCUCUUCACAGUUGGAUCGAGAAAAAUAUGAAGUGAAAAUUGUGUAUAAAAAAGUAUGUAGUACAGUCUGUGAAAAAAAAAGUACCUCAAAAUUUUGACAAGUUUUGGCUAU